AACGAUUUAAUAAAAUAGAAAACUCCCUAAAAACAUUUUCAAUAUCCAUCAAUGAUACAUUAAAUGGUUUACUUGAGGAACACACAAUUCUAAACCUGCAGUUUAUUAAUAUCUCCACCUCUUUAUCUGCUGUAAAAUCAAAAGUGUACCCAAAGGAUUGUUACAAUAUUCUUGAGCAGAAUAAGUUGUUAAAAGGAAAAGAUGGCGUCUAUGACAUUUUGAUUAAUUCUGACAUCACUUCCGUUUUUUGUGACAUGACUACAGAUGGAGGCGGAUGGACGGUUAUACAGAAGAGAAUAGACGGAUCAACUGAUUUCUAUCGAACUUGGGAAGAGUAUAGAAAAGGUUUUGGGGAUCCAAAGAACAACUAUUGGAUUGGAAAUAAUGCAAUCCACGUAUUAACCAAAGAUAAGGACCAGGAGCUGCGAGUAGAUCUCCAGGCAUUUAAUGGGGACACAGCGUAUGCUGAAUAUUCCACGUUUUAUAUCGGAAACCAGCCUAAUAAAUACCGACUCACAGUAUCUGGAUACACGGGAACUGCAGGUGACACUUUGGCUUGGCACAGUGGAUAUAAUUUCACCACUAAAGACCAGGAUAACGACAUCUAUAGCGGUGUUAACUGUGCUACAGACCGACGCGGAGCCUGGUGGUACCACAACUGUGCCAACUCAAACCUGAACGGAGAGUACGGACAGUCUGGUGUGUCUGGUAGAAAAUACCCGAUAUGGUAUGGCUGGAAAUACCUGGAAGCAUUAAAGCAGACUGUGAUGAUGAUCAGACACAAGAUCUGAAUCAGAUUGUUAUCAAUUAUAACAUAUAUCAUUGUUAUUUUGUCUGUUUAUAGUACAUGUAUCAGCAACUCGUUUUUAUUACAUAUUGUUUUGUUCA